AUGCCAUGUGUGGCAGCCAGUUUUUCGCUGAUAUAAUUUUCUUCAUCCAACACGUCAUUCAAAUCGGAUGACGUGGCCUGUUAUCUUCCAGUCUAAUUUCUCCAGACCUUCAAAUCAGCCCGCACACAGUGCAGUAUGGCCGAGAAAUCAGCUGACCUAACUCUGAUAGUGGGUCACACCCACACCGAUCACAACCUUCAUCACUUUGCAGACAUGAAUGUAGAAAGGAUCUACAUGGAUUAUAAUGCGACUACCCCCAUGGAGCCAGAGGUGAUUCAGGUUGUUUCUGAUGCUCUCCAUGAAGCUUGGGGAAACCCUAGUAGUAACUAUAUAGCAGGUGCCAUGGCCAAAGCUAUCAUCAAUCAGUCUAGGCAGAACGUGGCUAGAAUGGUUGGAGGUAAAGCUGAGGACAUUAUUUUCACUUCAGGUGGAACAGAGGCCAACAACCUGGUGCUGCACACUGCCGUGGAGCACUUCAAGGAAAACUGCAGCACUGCAGAGCACAGUGAAGGACACAAAAAUGGCUGCGCUGGCCUGCCGCACAUCAUCACCUCCAACGUGGAGCAUGACUCGAUCACACUCGCAGCCAAGCACCUGCAGACGGUUGGAAAGGCAGAUGUAACAUGUGUGCCCGUUUCUAAGGUGACUGGUCGUGUAGAUGUGGAGGAUGUUAUUGCUGCAGUGCGUCCCAACACUUGUCUCAUCUCUGUCAUGCUGGCCAACAAUGAGACAGGAGUCAUUAUGCCAAUCCAAGAGAUUUGCCAAAGAAUAAAAUCACUUAACAAGCAGCAGGAGCAACUUAGGAUCCUGCUUCACACUGAUGCUGCCCAGGCGCUGGGCAAAAUCCCAGUGGAUGUCCAGGAACUGGGAGUAGAUUACCUUACCAUAGUUGGACACAAGUUCUAUGCCCCUCGGGUCGGUGCUUUGUAUGUGAAUGGGCCUGGAACAAAGACACCUCUGUAUCCGAUGCUGUUUGGAGGAGGACAGGAGAGGAAUUUCAGACCAGGCACGGAGAACACACCGAUGAUCGCUGGUCUGGGAAAGGCUGCUGAACUGGUGACCGCUAAUCUCUCACAUUAUCAGAGUCAUAUGCUAAAUAUUCAAAUGUAUCUGGAAGAACGACUUCAAGAUGUCUUCAGAGACAAGAUCCGCUUCAACAGUCGUUAUCCCGGCUCUGAUAUCCUCCCUAACACAUGUAAUGUGUCCAUCCUGGGUCCAGUGUUACAAGGCUGGAGGGUAUUGUCAAACUGCAGGAGGCUGCUGGCAAGCGUCGGAGCCGCCUGCCACUCUGCCAGUGGAAACAGGCCUUCCCACAUCCUCCUGAGCUCUGGUGUCCCCACUGAGGUGGCGGCUAAUGCUUUGAGGCUGAGCGUCGGCAGAGAGACGACCAAAGAAGACGUGGACGCAGUUGUGGAGGAUCUCAGGGAAACGGUGCAGCUCCUGGAAAAUAUGAACUGAUGCCUUUUAUUUGCACUAAAUAGAGUUUUUGCAUGGGUCAAAUGAAGACGUGCAAUAGGACACACACACCAUCUGUGUUGUUACACUAAUUGAUCCUGUAAGAUUAUGAGAUAUUUAACAUAAAUAAUAAAGUGGGAGAACUUG